AAGACAGGUACAAUUCUCAAGGAGAAAUUGACAACAGCCCUGUGGAUGAUGAGAAUUCGGACGACGAGUACUUUCAAGUAAUGAACCCCUUCACUGCGAGUACUCUUGUACAAGGAUAUAGUGAAAUGUUCCUUCUCCCCAUGUCUCUAGACCAACCCUUUCUCGAUGGCAGUAUUCGUCUCAAAUGGCCUUGGAAGAAAAUCGACAUUAGACGCUCUGUCAUAGUCGUCCAGACAAAUUAGGGACGGUAUGGCGCGGCGAGUGCAGGUUGCGGGAGACUCAGUCACAGGGCAAAAAGUAGGCAAGCGCCACGAAGGCGGAGAGGAUGGACUUCAUGAUUUGUGCGAAGGUAGUGAUGCUAGUGGCAGGCGGCAGAAUUGGAUAUAUGACCAGAGAUCAAAAGUUCAGUCAAGGGCGAAGCAAGGUCACGGAGCGACAUUCGUGAUGAUUGACGGUUCAAUGAUGAACCUUUCGACUUGGUGCGUGAUAAUGCUGCCAAAAAGGACGGAGAUUCAGCGAGAGGCUUUCGCUUCAAGGUCGAUACGACGCUACCCAACCCAUAUUAUCGCAACAGACAAAGCACGGCAGUGAAAGUCCUGUUCGCCACACGGACCUGUUCAACUCAGAAUUAUGCAUGUUAGAAGCACCUGCAACCUCUGAGCUGGGCGGGAUCAUAUUCAUCUUCAGCAUUCGAGUCCGACUCUUCUGUAAUCGGGGAUGGUUCUCUUUCUUGCUCUGCACGAGCCUGUUCUUCAGCCUGCCUCUCCCGUUGUCGGCGCUGCCUUAGCCUUGUCGGAAUCCCGACAGCAAGAAGCUCUUUUGUUCUUGCCGCAUACACGACGACGGUGGAUGGACGUCGUAGCGGUCUCUCGCACACAGAGCUAGACUGUGGAGCGUUGGUACUCUGUUG